AUAAAGUGUAGUAUUAACUCAUUGUAGUUGUCGCGGUCUGUAAACUCAUCAGACAGUUCAACGGGCCGAAUAAUCACCUCGGUCGUUCCCGAAAUUAUUCAUAUAUUUUUUUCGUUGUCUCGACUGUGUCGAAUUCGAUGCAUCACGAAGGAGAGAAUUCCCUCGUGACUGACGGUUUGGCUGUUCACGACAUCUUGUCCAUUUAUUGUCAGUAAUACGUCAUAGCCGAGUCGUUCGGUCUUCUACUAGGAGAAACUUGAAUAAAAACCCGAUUGAAAAUCCGACGAGUCAUAUAAGUCUUUGUUUUGUGUUGGUGAAAAGAAGCGCUGUUUUCCUUUAGAGAAUGAAAAUAUUUCCGAUACUCAGCACGUUCGCGGUUUUAAUCGCCGGUCAGGAUACGAAAACUGCGGUGUUCUUACCUACUUCCGGAAAUGGCUCGUCUUUGGGGAUGGAAAGUAAAAUCGAGCCGGUGCUUCAUUCGGAUAUGACGCGAGCAAUCCUUGCGACCCUCGCACCUCCACCGCCGACGCUGCAACCGAUGCUGCCCUCGGAUUACUUUUUCUCCGUGCCUCAACGAGCGUUUCUGCAUCAUAGAAGCGAAAACAUACCGUAUGGAUAUGAAUAUCCCAAUGUUGCAUAUCCAGUAGCACAGUCAAUAGAGCACUCCAUCGGACCGUCAUCAAAACAGCUUGUAAUAGUCAGUUUCAUCGGUCUUCUGCUGCUUUUGGCGAUUAUACAGAAUACGCUUAGCGCUAUUAAGCGGAAGGAUGCGAUAAUGGAUCUAUUAUCGUCCAGGCAAAAGCGGGACGUUUAUGUUACGCAUGAUUUUCGUUCCGUGACCCCAGAGGAGGAAGAGAUUCUUAAUAGUGAUGCUAGAAUACGCUGCAUACAGAAGACGAUUUGUCUUGAAAAUCGCAAGCUCUUUAAAGAUUUGGGCACACCGGGUAAAAUGCUGGCAAAGUACUUGACGAAAAACAUAGAAAAAUCGUUCAAGUUAUCCUCAGGUUGGGAUCGCCUUGUGAGAGAUGCAGGUGCAGCGGGAAUUCGAGGUGAAAACUGUGAUGUACUUUAUAGAGAUUGCGAAAUUCCUAUAACGAAGAAGAAACAUAAAAACGACCUCACAAACAUAACAAAUAAUAAUUUUAAUUCAACUUAUUAAUAUUUUAGAAACACUAUGAAACACUAUUUAUUUCUGCCUUUUGUGAAAAUGUAAAUUAAGUUAUAUAAAUAUCUGUAAAAUUGUAUAAUAUAUUUGUUCUUUUAAAUA